AUGGCUGCCAUUCAGAUACUCUCUCUCUGUGUCAUUUUCAUUCAGAUUCUCUUCUGCGCUUCGGCUCAGAAGCAGCAUAAUAUCACGCUUGGCUCCACUCUUAGCCCUUCCCAAAAUUCCAAAUGGGUUUCGCCAAAUGGGCAGUUUGCCUUUGGAUUCUAUCCGCUAACUCCAACUCUUUACGUGGUAGGCCUUUGGUUUGACAGUGUAAUUCCCAAAACUCUGGCUUGGACGGUUCUCAAGGAUAAGAGGGAUAUUCCUGUUGAGAAGACGUCUAGCUUGCAGCUUACAGUCAACCGCCUCAGCCUGUCUGACAAUAGGAAAAAUGUAUUGUGGUUAUCUAAGUACGCUGACAAGGUAGCCGAAGCUGCAAUGCUCGACAAUGGCAACUUUGUGCUGCUAAAUGCAUUAUUUGAUAUCAUCUGGCAGAGCUUUCACUAUCCUAUGGACACCCUCCUGCCCGGUCAGAGGCUCAUGACCAACUCAAACAUAUUUUCUAAGGCUUCAACUACAAACUUCUCAGCGGGCCGAUUUGAGCUUUCCAUGCAGAAGGACGGCAAUUUGGUCCUUUAUACCGUGGAGAGGAGCGGUCAUCCACAAGGCGCGUACUGGGCUUUUGGACAACUCUUAAAUGUAGUAAGCUUGAAUUUGAUCCGACAGGGCCGUUCUAUUUAG